AUGUCGUACAUUCAGCAAAGGUUCACUCAAUUCGCACUGCUGGUGGAUGAGCUUCAGGUACUUUACGAAGAAUACGAAGCAGAGAAACGGGACCGAGAUGCGCCAUUUCAGCAAAGGCAGAGCGAACUCGAAAUAGAGCUUAAAACGCUCAAGCAAGACCGCGAAGCCGCGAGCAAAGAAGUGGAGCAAAAAUAUAAGCCCAGAUUCGACAAGUUGACUUGGUUCAUUCCCCAGCCCCAGCCUGACCAAGCUGCUGAGUCCCCGGCAUCUCCCAAUGUCGGCCCCGGCGUGCGAGGGGGACGGAACACCGGCGACCGCCUGUCGAACGACGAUGGAUCGGCCCACGACGACGGGUCGGAAGACGACGAUGACGGAUCGGGCCACGACGACGACGGAUCGGGCCACGACGACGGGUCGGAAAACAAUGACGGGUUAGAAGACAACGACGACGGGUCGGAUUAUAGCGAUAGCGAGUCAGAAGACAGCGGCGGCGAGUCCGAAAAUAACGACGACGGGCCCGCAGAUAACGACAACAGAUCGGCGCACAACCAUGACGAACCAACAAGUGCGGCAUCAAUUUCGCCAAGAGCAUUUCGAAAGUGCAGGCUUACAGCAAAAGCGAGAAGCGAUCUCGAGCGUCCCAACAAGAGGCGUCGAAGAGGAGGGAAAGCAGCCAGCUCCGGCAGUACCAGCAUCCAGCCUAUCAGCGGCGAAUUCUACCAAGUUUACUGGCACGGCGCGAAAACCCGUUCCGGCACCCGUUCCGGCACCCCAUACGUCGCCUUGUGCCUUCCAACUGGCAACUUCGACACAGUGGGCAUAUCGGGCUCUAUUUACGACACGCCCCUGGUGCGUAGCAUUCCCAAAUGCUACCGCACUCACACGCGAACGAACAAGAUCCUAGGGUGGGACAAUGACUACCAAGAUGGCGGCACAAAGGCUUCCCAGCGUAAAUUCCCCUUCCUGUUUUUCACAGGUGACGUUCAAGUACCCCCCGAAGGUGAACUCUCCAUCCCCAAAAAAGGGAAGGUGCUUUCGUGGGUAGCCGCAAACGAUAUCCAACCACUCGACCUCAACGACAGCACCACCAGUGGUUUUCCAGGCCAUGCGACUGUGGUGGCGUUCGCGUCCAAGUUGCUCCACCAGCAUGGGUCAGCCACCGCUAUCAACAAUCAGUCGUUUGCAACGGAUUCUGGCCCACUUUCUAAUGCCGGAAACGACGACGGAUUCGGAGAUCAAAGCCAGGCGGAGGGCAGCCAAGAAGCCCUAGCGGUGAUAGCAUCAGCUGGCCUCCUUGCGAGCACUUCUGAACCUAGCAGACGCAGCGCAAAUGCCGAGCAGCCAGCAGCUGAUACUUUUCGAUCCGAGCCAAAGCCAGCACCUUCAGAUAGGGCAGAUAGCUCCGCGCCGGCAGCCUUCGACAUUAUCGUACAAAGGCUCUACUCACAACUACUGGACGAGGAUGCCGACACCGCCCAAAGCGGUCUGACAUCAGUGAUACAUCUUCCAAACAACUCAGAGGACAGCAAACCCGGCCCCGACAACAGACCCAACUCUGAGAACAGGCCCAGCUUCGGGGACAACAGGCCCAGCUUUGAGGACAACAGGCCCAGCUCCGAGGACAGUAGACCCAAUUUCCAAAACAAUAGACCCAGGCCCGAGGACAAUAGACAAGAUAUACGCGCCGAGAUCGUCACAGUGACGUCGUUAUUCGGGAAGUUUCGCAACGGCGUCGUGCCCGUUCCCCGCGGCCCACGACAGCGGCAUCCGCCCGUACUUGUCCUUCGAGUCGACGUCGGCCUUGCCUGUGGCGAGCAGAUGCUUGACGACGGCCUCGCGCCCGUUCUCCGCGGCCCACGACAGGGGCGUCCGGCCAUCUCCAUCUUUACUUGCGCGGGUUAAAAGCACCCGCGAAAAUCGGCCCUUUGGGGAUUUAGCGCGGUCGGGCAAUCUGUCGGAUUCUGUGCAAUCUGUCGGAUUUUAGCGACAUUUUUACCCAUAGAAAAUUGGCUGGGAACCUGUGUAUUACCGUUUUUCUGCAUGACACGCUCAACUGCAUGAAGCAGGGUUUGGCUCCCCCGCCAAGCCCCUUACAAAUGCAACCUGCCAACGAGUUUAUUUUUGCAGAUACGUAAAAAAUGAAGCUAUUCAGGCGAGGGAGAGGUCAACGAAGGCGUCUUUUUCGUCUUGAUCACGGCGAUCAGCCGCUUCUGACGUAGAACUAUCGCUUCCCUCUGUAUCUGUGCAGUCAGGCGAUGAUACUUCGUACUCCUCUGGUGAAUAUUUGCCUGGCAAAGGAACCUCCGGAGGCAGAUCUGCACCGUACUUAUUCUUCCAGUAGGCUCGCACAACUUUCCGG